AUGUUACGAAUGUGUGGAACAUAGCACGUGUUGCACCCAUAAACAUGUCUAUGGUUGCACCUGAUAUGUUCAUUAAAAUUUAAAUAAGUAUAUUUUAUUGUAUAUUUAUAGGUCCAUUUAUUCUUUGAUUCAAUGCGAUAUACUUAUAUAAAUUAAAACAAAUUUAAAACAAACUUUAUAAAAUGGGGAAACGAAAAGUAAAACUGGAUAAUGAAUCAAAUCCAAAGAAGAAAAGUGUAGCAAUAAGUAACAGUAUCAGUAAUAAGAAUGAUGUUAUUAAAGAAACUGAAAGUAAUAAACUCAAAAUUAAAGAAGGGAAGAAAGGAAAAUAUGAAAAACUUUCAUCAAAUGGUAAAGAGAACAUUAAACACAAGAAUAAGAAUGAAAUGGAAAAGCAUAAAACAUCAGAUCAGAACUCUGCAGAAAAACCAAAUUGGGUAGAAUUUAAAAAGCAGAAGAAGGAGCUUAAAGAAAAAUAUAAAAUUAAAAGGUUCAGUGACAUUUAUGAAUUAUCAAUUGAAGCAAAACGAAUUGGUGAAAAAUUACGUAGAUCUGAUUGCUCAACAUUAGAACGUAAAAAAUUAAUUGCAAAGGCACAUGAUUUAUUAAAAGGCAAUUAUAAUAAAGUAGUGCUUACACAUGAUAUGUCUCGUAUUGUACAGUGGAUGUACAAAUAUUCUGACUCAAAGAUUCGUCAGAAUAUUUUUAAGGAACUACAACCUUUACUAUUAUCUAUGAUUGAAUCAAAGUAUGCAAAAAAUUGUAUUAAAAUUAUGUUGAAAUAUGGUUCUCCAGAAAUUAGGAAUGAAAUUAUUUCUGCUUGUUAUGGUAAUGUAGUAAGACUUGUGAGUCAUUCUGUUUCUGCACCAUUAAUGGAAGAUAUAUAUUCAACACGGGCAACAGAUUUAGAGAAAAUGUAUCUAAAACAAGAAUUUUAUGGUGACAUGUACAAACAAGCUAAGGACAAAGAUGUCAAGACAUUGUCUGAUGUAUUUGAGACUGCACAAGAUAUGAAAUCAGCAACAUUGUCUGCUGUAAAAGGAAAUCUGAUGAGGAUAUUGAACAAGAAACUUUUAAAUCAUACACUUGUACAGUGUGUUCUUUUAGAAUUUUUAAAUAAUUGUACAAAUGAAGAUAGAACAGAAAUGAUAGUUAUGUUACGAAGUUCAAUAGUAGAAUUGUCUCAAACAAAAAUUGGCUCGAAAAUAGCUGUAAUAUGCAUAUGGCAUGGCACAAACAAAGAUAGAAAAAUCAUGAUGAAGGUUCUUAAAGAACAUGUGAAAAGUAUUGCAAUGUCUGAACAUGGGUAUUUAAUAUUAUUAGCAUUAUUUGAUUCGGUAGAUGACACUGUUCUGAUGAACAAACUUAUACUCUCAGAAAUACAAAAAGAUUUAACAGAUAUAGCUUUAAAUGAUCAUGGAAAACAUAUAAUUUUGUAUUUAAUAUCUAGAAGAAACUCUCAUUAUUUUCCUCCUAGUAUAGUAUCAUACUUGGAACAAGGAGAUAAUAACGCAACAAGCAAGAAACCUGCCGACAUUAGAGAAAAAGAACUUCGUGAUAUUAUUUCUGAUCCACUUCUUAAGGCUGUAACCACGAAUACAGCAACUUGGAUGUCCACCAGUUGUAUUGCAAUGGUAACUUUAGCAAUAUUAAAAGUAGGUACUGGAGAAAAACUGAAACAAGCUCUUGAUUCAAUUGCUACGUUUAUUACUGUUAAAAAAUCAAUAAUCAAAGAUGGAAAUAACGAAUAUAAACCAAUUGAACAUCCAGGUCUACACAUGAUGUUAAAAAAACUUAUACAAUAUGACAAAGAAUUACAAAAUAAAGAAGAAACUACAUUUGGCGAAGUAUUACUUCCUCAUUUGAAAAGAAAAACAAUAGAGAGAUGGAUAGAAUGUAAUAGAGGAUGCUUUUUAUUAGUAUUAUUAUUAGAAAAUGAAACAACAUCUACUGUAGAUACUUUACUCACCAAAUUGAAACCAGUGAUGGAUGUUCUAGAAUCGAAGUCGAAUCCAGGUGCUAAAAUUUUAGUAGAAAAAAUACAAUAAAUGUGUCUCAAACGAUCGUAA